CGUCCAUAGUUGCGACCAAACAUAGCUGACGCUGAACCACCGCUCCGCGGUGGAUCCGAUUCUUCAGUCUGGUCAUGGCGGGUCCUAUGAGUCCCGAGAUCUGGGAUGAGUUGAUCCAUCUCAGGGAAGAUCGACAGAAGAUGCUGGAUGCCGUAGAGAAAGCGAAGCAAGAAGGAGACGAAGGUGGUGCAGAGUUCCAAUCCAUGCUGGCCAAUGAGAUCUCUGAAAAGAUCGAGGAGAUCGAGGGCAAGUACAGUUCCUCUCCACCGCUGCCCGGUGCCAAGGCAGUCGCCUCCAAUGGCAAUGCGCUGGUCCCGGUUCAGAGCUUCCCCCCGCGCUUCCCUGCGCCGGCAUCGAUUCCGAAGCUUCCACCGCCCCCUCCCGGCGCAAUGUUGUCCAUGCCUCCAGGCGGCCUGCCAGGUAGCAUCCCUGGUGUGGCAGGGGCAUUGGGCAUGCGACCUCCGGGCUUUAUGGGAGGCUGCGGAACCCUGGGCGUGCCGCCUGUGGUGCCGCCUGUAGUGCUGCCGGUGGCGCCCUUGCGGCCUCCGAACCUCAUCCAGCAACAGGCUAUGGAAUACGAGCAAACCAAGGCUGCCUCAACGGUUUUGGAGCCCGAGGUCGUAGAGUUGGUUCACUACUUCAAGAUCGGGGACAGGCACGCCAGGAUGCUGAAUGAGCAGCUGAAGCGGCGAAACAAUACCUACGAGGAGGACAUUGCGGCCUUGUACGAGAUCUUGAAGGGCGCGAAAAACCCGGCGGAUCUAUUGAUGGUUUCUAUCCGAUGGAUGGAACAAGGAGUCUUCAGGGGGUGCUUAACUCCAAAUCCCAAAGUGGAGAAGAUCUCCAAGAAAUACAAAUUGGAUGCGCCAUCCGCCUGCAAAUUGGCAGAGGCCCUGGAAAGCAGAAACGAUGCCGACGAGGCGUUGGACAAGAUCUGUGAACACUUGGCGGCCUCCAACAAACCCUCCUCCCUGGUGAUGAUCAUGCUGAAAGACAUCAAGAGUGGAGCUGAGAUUCAAGCUUGCACCAAACAGCCAGCCAUUGGCUCCUACAUCCACAAGAAGGAGACCGAAAAGAGCCGUGCGCGCACCUCACGCAGCCGGGAGCGUGCCGAGCGUGCCGAGCGCGCGGAGCGCGAGCGCGGCUUUCAGCCGCGCAGCAAUCGUGCUACGUUGGUGGGGUGUGGCUACAGUGGAGUGGGGCGUCUGGAACUGUCGGAACUGGAUGGAACUGGGGGAUCUGCCGUGCAGGGCAGGGAUUGGGUUGACAUGUCACCGUUGUAACCCAAGAUCCCAUGGCGAAUCAUCAUUUUCCCAUGAUGAACCAACUCCCUGCCAGAUGCACCUGGUCUCCGCAGCCGUUUUUGGCUGGGAAGUUAUGAAAAGAC